CUUUACCUGUAAAGCAAAUCUGGCCUUCUUCUCGCUGAAAACUGUCGUUCAAAUGGCUUCGUUUCGAACUCUCGGUCGUGCUCUUGGGACCAAAAUGGAAAAACGGGUGAGAGACAAAAGAGACAAGACACAAAACAGAGGGACCUCUUGACCUGUUUUUACCCGUUUGGCUUUCUUUUCCCUGUAAUUGGUUUUCUUUUCCCUGUAAGUAUCUUUUCCCUGUAAGUAACUAUCCUUUCCUCCACUGUACUGUGCAACUUUCCACCAAAAAUGGUGUAAAAUUAAGUUUAUGUUUCGUCAAAAAUGGAAGAAGAAGAAGAAGAAGUAGAAGGUCACUGUCGUGUUUCAAUUUCUUGAGACCCUGGACUCUCGCUUCUCUUCCUAUCUCCUACCCCAAAAGGAAAACCCAGGUCUUUCAUUUCUUCGCUUGUCUUCCUAAAACAACUUUCGCACCAUAAGUACAACGUUCUCAAAACAAGUCUAAAGCCAUGUCCCGCAACAACAGCAAUAACAACAAUAACUGGGGACCGGGUAACCGCCUUGGUGGUAAUCGCCUAGGAGGAGGUUACGUCGCGGACCUGGGUGCAGGUUACUCCGAUGAUGAGCCUUCGUCGCCAAGUGGAGAAAAUGACUUUGAGUUGCCAGCUAUGGCCGGCGAUCAUUCGCCACCACAUGGUCGAAAAAAUACGGAAUUGGUUUAUGAAAGGGUUGACUUAUUUUCGAUGUGUAGUACAUUUGAUUUGUUUUUUCAGUUUGGGUAGUUCACUUCAGAAUACAGAAGAAAGAUUUAAGUACAACGGAUGAACAUGUCUUUGAUUGAUAGAGAAUGUUGUUGAGUGUCUAUUGUUAUAUAAUUGCAGAUGCUACUAGAAGUUUGCAAACCCGGUUAUAAACAGCAAAUAGAAUUUUUGUACACGAGGACCAGGCGAUUACCCUUCACUUACCCUAUCAAAGUUGCAUACCCCUUCCAGUCGUACAAACCUGAUUCCUCAACUUUCCUCUUCGUCCCCAAGUCGCCCCCUGCAACUUUCAUACCCCUUCCAGUCGUACAAACCUGAUUCCUCAACUUUCCUCUUCGUCCCCAAGUCGCAGUGAGCGGCAAUUGCGGAAAAGCCUCGAAGAUGCGCUCGAAAAACAGCGUCGACGAUGUGGGGACGUCUUCGUAGUCGUAGCUGCGAUCCUCAUCUGUGCAGGCGUCGUUGCAGAUUGGUGCUUCGGCAUGGGGCUUUGCUUUUAUCCCUCAAGCAAGAAUCACACAGGAGCCGGAGGGAGACAUGGAGGUUAUGUUGUUCCCGUUGGUUCACAUUUUUGGAUAGACAAGAACUGUGGUUCUUGCUACAUCAAAAUGAAAACAUUAUAACCGGCGGUAGGACGGCUGCUCUCCAAUGGAGGUACUGUCAGACUGGGUGGCCUCACAAGUAGACACUAAUAGCUACGCAAGAGGUAUCAUGACAUGACAUCGUUUAUACGUGUACUGAGAUGACGAGGACUUCCGACUUGGAACUAAGUUGUUUUUGUUUUCUUAGAGGGUUGUAGUUAAUAUUGUCUUCUAUGUUCUUAAAAGUAAAGGUGAAUUAGGUAAAGGUUGUUAUUGCAAAUACCUCUUGUUAGGCACAUCCAUUCAUUCAUUCAUUCACUCAGCGAACUUCAGAAUGUUGCUCAUCCAACGAAGAACUUCUCUACUUUUUACCUCAUCUUCUGAAAAACAUCAUCCACAUCCCAUGCAUUCUUCCUGUCUCUCUAACCUCCCGCCCGAUCUCGCGUACGCGACUACGGUCCAUUGAAAUCCGGAGGGCGUGAGUGGACUAGAGACGAGUCGACCAGGUCUGGGGAGGCGGACGAAAGAAGAGACAAAGAGACAGGCGCCCAUAAGGGGAAGAUUCUUUUAAGGUUGAAUCCUCUUCACGUUGGUAGAUUAUUGUAUUGUUAGUAUUUGUAAUUAUUAUAAGGAAGGUGUGGGGCUCGUUGUGAAGGAUCCAUAACCUAACCUAACCUUCCAUGACGCAGAUCAAGAUCUUUCAAAGGACCAGCUUUAUAUUUUCCGUUUAUUCAUUCAAAUUGAUCGUCAUUGGUAGCAGGAAGUGUUGAUCAAAACCCUAAAUCCCAAGGAGAACGAAGAACACAGAAGAGAUUCUUUCAGGGAAGUCGUAGGUCCAGUCCGAAUCGCCUAACACGUACAUCAUUAUCCCAGCAACUACAGUCCCUAUAAUAAUCUGUUGGGAAGAAGUCGACUAACAUCAUUAUCCCAACUAGUUCCUAUAAUCUCUAGUUGGGAUAAUGAACUUCUCUAGAAGAACUUCUCUAGAAGAACUUCUCUAACAGAUACAGGCAAGGAAGACACUACGCCUCUGCCGCAAUUGGAUCCACAGAGUAGUAGUAUUGCUGCGUUGUUACAAGGAGACCUGGUGACUUCGCAGGUGGAGGACAGAAACGUGGUUCCCCUCACGUGUCCAGCAACGGGACAGUUGCCGUGUCUGUGGGUUUAUGCAUUUCGACAUUUUUGCAUUUCUACAGCUAAUGCUAUAAUGCUAUAAUGCUUGCGACAUUGCACAGCUAAUGCUAUAAUGCCAUAAUUCUGUUAAUGUUAAUGCUUCUUGUUUCUAAAAUGCUAUAAUGCUUGCUUCAUCUUGUUUCUAGUACUGAGUACUACUACUUACUCCUAUCAACAUCGAUGGACUCCGAGCCUCCCAUCGUUUUCCAGAAGGAAAAGGGUCAAGGAUGUCCUGAAGAACGUAAUUCCGUAACCUCUAAUGGGUGCAAACUCACGGCUUGCGAGUAAGACCACCAUUGGAGAGAGCGGAGAAGGCGAAGUUUUACCCUUUCGAAUGGGCCUAUCUGAAGGAUGAAGGUGGAGGUUAAGAAGACGUGAUGGUAGAGGAUGUUAGAUUUUUGGGGUCAUGUCUAGUAGUUUCUGACUUGACAAGUAUAUUAGGAACGAGUCAUGCCCAAAGAACGAGUCAUGUCCAAAGAACGAGUCAUGUUCAUUCAUAGUCGAACAAGGACAAGUGAAUGAAUUUUUGUAACGCGGCUAGGAGUCAUGUUCAUUCAUAGUCGAACAAGGACAAGUGAAUGAAUCUUUGAGCAAACGCCAUUACAAAAGACUAUGAUGCAUAGUCAGUCUUGUUAGAAGGACCACUCUAAUAAAUCCCAGGAGACGCUCUGAUAGAAGCACCCUUUCCGACUGUUAGGGAAGUGGAAUCGUUUUAUUCGACGCUAGGGCCAACUCCUGCUGCGCUGAUAGCAGCGCCAAGUGCGCAUGCGAACAAUGGUGUAAUUCAGAGUUACGAGUGAAAACGAUGAUUGUGAAGUAGUGUCUCAUUUUCGGUUUUGAAUUCGCAAACUAAUCGUGCAUUGCUCUUUGUUGCUAGAAAGGAGAGGAAGAUACUAGCUUGUGUAGUAUAGUCAGAAGCAACUUCUAAGAAAAAACUUCGCACCAAAAAGCCUCAACGAAUCAGCGGGUCUUGCAGGCAGGCACCGAGUCCUUUAUUGAAUUGGUAUAGGAGUUUUUAUACAAAAAUCCGGACGAUUGCAAGAAGAAGUAGUAGUGAAGUAGUCUUCUAUACCCCUGGAGUGGGUACAUUCAUUCACUCAUUCACUCACUCAUGCUAUCGUGAUAUUAUGUCUAGUAACACGACGUAGUUGGUGAUUCUACUUCAUCGAUCGGCUAACUUUCCCCCACCCCCAUCAGGACGACACCAUGGUCCACGAGUCAACACGUGGUUCGGGUGAAUCUGACCCUUCUAUUCUGGCCGCGGGAUGCAUAGGUGAGGUCGAUAUGUCUCUAGCAUGGGAUGGUGCCUGCCGGAAAGCCCUCAACCAUGAAGACGCCAAGAAUGAGAUGGAUGACAGUCAAAUAAAAGACAUCUUAGACGAGUUGGCUUUUAUUAAGGCUUGAAAGUUGGCCUAUCAUCUAAAUUCUAAGAGCAUGCAUCUCUAUGGUUUCUCCAAGUAGGAAAGCCAUAGAUAUGCGACCUACUAGAGGGGGGCCAACUUUCAACCCCUAAUUUUAGAGCAGGGCCGACUGGGAUGGUAUGAGUGAAGGAUGAAUUUGGAAGAUUGAAUUUGGAAGAUUGAACUAAGAAUUUGGAAGAUUGAACUAAGUUCAUCAUCAAGUGGAAUUGUUCAGAACCUCAACUAAGGUUGUGCCUUAGUUGUUGUACAGAGGCUAUUGCAAUAUAGUUCUCUCCGAUAGUCGUAGUUUUCGGCCGUUGUGAUACGGUUUUCUUGCUCCCCCGGUAUGUAAGUUUUUAAAUGAGGUUGUUUAGGUAGUUGAAUGGGAGGCAGCAUGUAGUCCUAUGGAAAAAAAAAACUAAGCAUUCUGACGUGAUCGAGGUCCCUGAACUUGAACCUCAACUAAGACCAGGACUUCUUACAAGUGCUACUCUGGUAUACUAUAGGUAUCCGCCAGCAAAUCACGACUAUUAUUGCAACUCAUCUUCCCACAUGAUUCCUGUUUGACCCUCAAGUUAGGCCUCAAACUCAAAAAAUCAAGAAGUAGUUUCCUCUCGCCUCUCUUCAUACUCAACCGGUUGCGCGCGGCUUCUGACGGAAAACGAGUUUGAGUGUACAGACGACGUUAAACCCCAUCGAGCAAGAUCUUACCUAGAAAAAUUGAUGACUGUGAGCGGCAUUUAUUUUGCAGCGUUUUCGUUUGGUCGCGAAGACGAUGCGGUGAAAUCGAGCUUUCUCUAUGAUCAGUAGAUUCCUUUAGAGCCUUAGUAAACUACUUUCUACAACUGCUAGAGUGUACAAUUUUGUGGACUCAGUAGAUUGGUUUAGAGCCUUCUUAGUAAACUACUUUCUAGUUAGUGGUUCAAGUUGAUCUCCUAAGUAUGCAAAGAACUAGUGGCUGUUCCUUUCUACUGCUAGAGUGUAAAAUUUUGUGGACUACAACUUUUACGUAAAGUGUAGGGGAACAACAAGAAAAGCUAAAUUAAAUAUUCACAUAGUGAUAAAUACUGCAUCACCUCUAGUUAGACAAAUUCAUUCAUUAACUUUGGUAUUUGAGUAUAACUAUCUACUUUCAUGAAGAUGUUAUGAUCUUUUUCUAAUCUCACGAGCACGCACAAGCAUUUUCGACCGGAGCCGCUAGUAAAUCCAGAAGAAAUGCUGGCCAAAAACACCUAGAGGGUGAGAGAAUCGAGAUGGAUAUUGAUGCUUCUGGUAUCGUCAGGGAAGAAGUGGACGGUGCAACUCUGGCACAACUAGAAGCAACUUCCACUUCUGCAACUAUGAAGGACACCUCCACUGUUCCACCUGUUGUAGGGCAGAAAGUACCAGCAUCUUCAUCCCUCCAGAGAACAUCCCUCCAGAGAACCUCAAGAAGGCUAGGAAAAGAAGCCCAGAAGCGGGAACUCGAUGACGAUGUAGCUGACGACGGAAACGAUGCCGUCAUAUUAUGACAAGAUCUGCUUUGCUAUAAUAUAAAGUUCUCUUAACUCUGUACCUGUAACACUGUAACUCUGUACCUGUAAAAAUACUGUACAAUAACAACGUAUCUGUACUCUGUACCUGUAAAAAUAUUGUACAAUAAAGAUAACUACAUAUCAUGAUCUGUACUCACAUACAUUUGCAAAAUGGAUUUUCAAAUCCCUUCUUCCUCUCCAAAGAAUGGGAAGCAUCAUGGUGGAGAUUCAUCGCUAAUGCAGCAAGGGAGCGAAGAGAAUCAGGGGGAGGAGGACGAUGUGGAUGCCAUCGUAGGAGGAGAAAAGAAGUCUAUACCCGCUAAAGCAGGCAGUGCCGCGUUGCUAAUCCUAGAUGGCAUUCUGGUGGAGGAUUCCGAUAUAGCUAUCAUAGACGGCUUAGCGAAUCCGGGAUUUAAAUACCAGGUAUCAACACUCACAUUGUUGAGCGAUGUUGUCGCUUCGAUAGAGACCUUGUUGUAGAGAUUGUUGACACCUCUUGAUUUUCUCCGAAGAGAUUCUGCUUUGAAUACCACGUGCUCUGUUGACACCUUAUCUCUUGAUUUUCUCCGAAGAGAUUCUGCUUUGAAUACCACGUGCUCUGUUGACACCUUAUCUCUUGAUUUUCUCCGAAGAGAUUCUGCUUUGAAUACCACGUGCUCAAGAAUUAAAAACUUAGUUUGUUCUAUAAUUCCACAAUUCCGCUCAAAGCACUAAUUAGAACAACCGGUUAGUUUUUACCUCUAGAGACUUAGCCCUUCCAACAAUCUAUAACUCCACAACAACGACCUCAAAACUACAGGGUCGCGAAGUGAACCUUGGGACACCGCAUAAUCGUGGCUUCUUUUACGUCGUGUGGCCGAAAUCCGAUAGCGAUGAAUGGCUUGCAGCGUGUCUAAGAGGAGGAAGGUUACGUCAAGGAAAAGGUUCUUUCGUCAUUCUUAUCAUGAAAAGGAACUAAGAACGUCAUUUUCAUAACCGAGACGUUCGUAGUUCCUUUUUCAUCAGCGUGGAUACGUUAACUAUCAGUCACGACACUCCUUUCUCAUCAUGACUUACAGCGUGGAUACGUUAACUAUCAGUCACGACACUGACUUAGUUCCUUUCUCAUCAUGGCUUACAGCGUGGAUACGUUAACUAUCAGUCACGACACUGACUUCCCCAUCAUGCCUUGGAGUAAAUUUCUUUCUUCUACUCCACCAUGCCUUAUACUACAUCACAUCAAACAUUACAAAAUUUCUCCUACCUCAUCUAAUUCUAAUGACCAAUAUUCGAAUUUAUUCUUCACUUCUAACCCCCAACAUCGCUCGUCUCGUGACCGAGUACCACAAAGUGGUUGCGAACAGAGGUUCGUGGAGAUUGCCGCCGAUCUCUACUUUGCGGCUGCAACUCCCACCACGCAUUAUGCGGGACGUGAGCGCGGUAGCAGCAGUGUUCCGAGGCCUACUAGAGGGCUUCGCGGGAUAUCCGCAGGACCUGUCGGUGGUGCCGCCAGCCAGAAUAGAAUGGUGGAGAGGAGAUUUUCAGUUAUGUGCUUUGGAUUUGAUGAACAGAAUAGAAUGGUGGAGAGGAGAUUUUCAAUUAUGUGGUUUGGAUUUGAGGAAAGCUCCUUUUUAGUAAUGAUGCGUGUGAGGAGAUUUUCAAUUAUGUGCUUUGGAUUUGAGGAAAGCUCUUUUAAUUAGUAGCGAUGCAUGUAAGAAUGGGGGAGAGAGUCUAGUCUACUUGUCUGCUAGCUCUUCUUGUAUAAUACAGACCGCAAACUUCUACUCCUACUUUUGAAGACCUAGACGCAUCUUCUAAUGUCCUCAACCACACAAGCAGACUUCGUGGCACACUGCACAGAGGCACUGGCCCAAGCCAUGCGAGGAGGCACUAGAAGCGGCAGUUUCCUUGGCGGAAAUUCGUUCCUGGACCAGGAUGGAGAACAUAGUAGGCCUGAGGACGAUAAGGUGGAGGACUAUCAUCAAAGGAUCGAGGACCUGUCCGACUACAAUGACGAGGAGCAUGAUGCAGAUAGACCGAUUCACCUCUGACCUCCUUCAAAUUAUUUAGGAACAUUCCUUCAUAAGUUCGUGCAUAUAUUUUUUGAGCUUAUGGUGCUAUCAUGGAAAAAAGUUAUUGAGCUUAUGCUCCUUUUCUACGCAUGAGGUCAGGGGUUCCGGGCGGUCUUCAUUAUGAACAUUUCUUCUAUCAUGAAAUAAAGGUGGUUUUGUCUAGCCAUGAAAGCAAGCCUACUUCAAUAUCGAUGAUACCAUCCCACGACCUUGUCUGAUCCCUUUUAAUCUUUCAUCGCUGCACACAAUGCUUUUCAAAGAACAAGCUACCAUAAUGAUCACACCUUUCUUCCUUGCAAAAACUGACGACACCGAGUCAACAAAACCCUUUUGAAAUUUUUGUAAUCCUCACAUCGGACGACGGACAUACUCCUGAAAUCAAAGACGACUAACACUCUGGAAACAAAGAGAAUGAGAAUAAGUACACAUGAUGGUGCGUGGACAUAUUCCUAGAAUCUAUGCCCGUCCAUUGGAUAGAAUUUUUGUGUCGAUCUUUCAGAGGAAAAGACAAGGUGCCGACGAUUUGAAAGAG